GUGGACAUAAAAAGAGAUGAGACAGAGAGAAGACCAUCACUAGGGGUCAGACUGUAAGGACAGGACUGAGCGAGUCAAGAAGUGACAACCAAAGGAGAGCAAAACGCCACGACCAAUCAGCUGUUGAAGCAAGAUGUUGGUCCAUGCUGUGCUGGCUUCCUUCUGUGUGUGCCUGGUCUCAGCUUCAGUCCUCUGCCCUGAUGGAAACACUUGUCCAGACAAGAACACCUGCUGCCUGACCAACUCAGGAUACUACGGCUGCUGCCCCCACCCCUUGGCUGUCUGUUGUCCAGACAAGCUCCACUGCUGCCCGAACGGCUACCAUUGCUACACUACCAAAUGCGUCAAACAAGGUCUGCCGUGGCUUAGACUGCAACGGAGCAAGAACACACCUGCCAAAAAGGAAACAUUCCAAACUGGCACACCCCUCCAGCUUUCACCUCCUAAGCCUGAUAACAGCAUUGCUGUCAGAGAGUUGUCGGCCAUUUUGGAGAAGCCAUCCGGUGUUGGUGUUGCUGAUGUGCGCUGUGACAGCUCCCACACCUGCCCUGAUGGUUCUACAUGCUGCAAAAGUGUGUACACAGGUGCCUGGUACUGCUGCCCCUACACCUCAGGCCAGUGCUGUAAAGAUGGUAUCCACUGCUGUCCUCAUGGCACCUACUGUGACCUCAAAACCUUCCGCUGUCUGGGGGGUAAUGACUCCAUACCUGCCUCUCCCCAAAUACCUGCUCUCAGGACUGACUAUCAGUCCCCUCUAGAUGAUGAGUCCAAAACAUCCCAAACUGGCACACCCCUCCAGCCGGAUAACAGCAUUGCCCUCAGAGAGUCGUCGGCCAUUUUGGAGAAGCCAUCCGGUGUUGGUGUUGGUGUUGGUGUUGCUGAUGUGCGCUGUGACAGCUCCCACACCUGCCCUGAUGGUUCUACAUGCUGCAAAAGUGUGUACACAGGUGCCUGGUACUGCUGCCCCUACACCUCAGGCCAGUGCUGUAAAGAUGGUAUCCACUGCUGUCCUCAUGGCACCUACUGUGACCUCAAAACCUUCCGCUGUCUGGGGGGUAAUGACUCCAUACCUGCCUCUCCCCAAAUACCUGCUCUCAGGACUGACUAUCAGGACCCGUGCUGUCUGAAUGGGAAUGAGGCAGGCUGCUGCCAGGUGGGGUUCCACUGUGACACCGAGCGGAGGGUCUGUGUGGACGACUUGGCCCCCCUGGACAUCCACACCACUCUGGAGGGGCAGGAGCAGGGACGGGAGCUGGAGGCCCUCGGAGGUGGACGAGUGGCCCUGAGGGGCAUCAUCCGCUGUGACGGAGGGCUCUACUGCCCAGCUGACCACUCCUGCUGCAGGACUCCCACCGGGGAGUGGGGCUGCUGCCCAUAACAGCUGGGCGUGUGCUGCACGGAUGGCAGACACUGUUGUGAUAAUCACAUGACAUGUGAUGAGUCCUCUUUGAGCUGUAAUCAAGGAGAGAACUCCGUCCCUUCAGCCUCCAUGGGCCAGAUACUGCAAAUCUGAUGCCUCAGCAGUCAGCAUACGCCAUUCUAGAAUGGCAGUCCGCACGCUUCAUUCUAGAAUGGCGGUCAGCACGCUUCAUUCUAGAAUGGCGGUCAACACGCUUCAUUCUAGAAUGGCAGUUCUUUCUCAUCUCAUUUCAUUCCACUUAGCACUGAGCAGAAAAUGUGUUUCCAUUCAAAUCACAUCUAUCAAUAACAGAGAUCACAUUUCACAAUCUUAUUCUAAUGGCCUCUUCCAUGAAUUAACCUACAGUAAAGGCUUAAUAAAUAAAACUUCUUCAUUUGA